AAAAAAAACAGUCUUCGAUGCUGACAAGAGGUUGUUCUAUUGAUGGGGACGAUUUGCCACAAUUUAGACUCGACGGUCGUUAUUUACCCUGGCGACCCUGCAAGUAGCCACAGAUCACGAAAUCUACACAUCUCUCCAAACUAUCCUCCAACCUUGAAAUUUUGACACAGAAAAAACAACAACAAAAACAACAAGAUGCGCAAUCGCCGAACCAACACGCAACCCGUGGAAGACAACUCCGUCGCCCCCGAAACCUUCAGCGACGGACUUCCUCUCCCCAAACUCAUCGCCUUCGACCUCGACUACACCCUGUGGCCCUUCUGGGUUGACACGCAUGUCAGCGCUCCGAUCAAACCCCGCGACAACAACUCGCGCUGCACAGAUAAAUGGAACGAGUCCUUCACCUUCUACCCCGCCGUCCCCUCCAUCAUCCACAGCUGCAAAACGAAAUCCAUCCCGCUGGCCAUCGCCUCCCGCACCCACGCCCCGGACCUGGCGCGCGACAUGCUCAAGGCCCUCCACAUCAUCCCCACCUUCAGCGACAACCCGGCCGCCCAGAAGACCAAGACCGUGCGCGCGCUGGACUACUUCGAGUACAUCCAGAUCUUCCCGGCCAGCAAGACGCAGCACUUUGCCAAGAUCCAGCAGGCGAGCGGGUUUGGGUUCGAGGAGAUGCUGUUCUUCGAUGAUGAGGCGAGGAACCGCAAUGUGGAGACGGAGUUGGGGGUGACGUUUUGUCUGGUCAGGGAUGGGGUAACGAGGGCAGAAGUGGAUCGUGGAGUGUGGGCGUGGAGGAGGAGGAAUGGGGUGAAGAGGAGGGACGCGGGUGAAAAUGAGGAGGAGGACGAGUGAAGUGCAUGUUGGUGUAUGGUGGGGAUAGAUGAGAUGUUGCAUGGUGGGAUAGAAGAUGUGGUUAUAUACGCUAGAUACCCUGCUUGGGCCUAUGAUUUGUUGGUUUCAUUAUUUUGAUCCCCUGUCUAUUUUGCGAAAAUCGUUCCUAGC